GCUGCAGCAGCAGCAGAGAUAGCUGAGUCACAAAACUGGCAUAGUAGUAACGGUGCUACACCAGUGAAGGGGACGGGAUAUUUCUGCUAGGUUACUUGUAUUUAAAACUGUUUUUAAACAUGUUGAAGAUCACGGUGAAAACGCUGCAGCAACAAACCUUUAAGAUUGAGAUAGAGCCGGAGCUGACGGUGAGAUCCUUAAAGGAGAAAAUAGAAAAAGAAAAAGGAUCAGAUUCCUAUCCAGCAACAGGGCAGAAGCUGAUCUAUGCAGGUAAAAUCCUAAACGAUGACAUACCUAUAAAGGACUACAAGAUAGACGAAAAUAACUUUGUCGUAGUCAUGGUAACCAAGCCAAAGGCAUCACCUUCUUCACCUGCGCAGCCCCCAAGCCAAGCAACCCCAACUCCUGCUGUAACAAGCACCCCCACCCCUGUCAGCACCCCCACCCUUGUACCUGCAGCGUCAGAAGAUGCCCCAGCUACCGAAGCAGUGCCCCCUGUGGCUCCCCUUUCCACUGCAGCCCCCCUCAGCACAGACACAGCACCAGCAGCACCUGGACUCCCUGAUACCCCCACUGAGGAAAAACCCAAAGAGGAAACGGAAGAAGAGCCCGCCGCCACCCCAUCAGUCUCCACCAGCAUUGAAGAUCUUAAUCUUUUAGAAGAAGCAGCGUCUAUACUAGUUACAGGGCAGGCGUAUGAAAAUCUAGUCGCAGAGAUCAUGUCAAUGGGAUACGAAAGGGAGCAGGUGAUCGCUGCAUUAAGGGCAAGCUACAAUAACCCCGACCGGGCAGUGGAAUACCUUCUCACAGGAAUUCCAACAGAACCUGACCUUCCUCCAAAAGAGGCAUCCCCUCCAGCUCCCGCCUCCAAUCCCACGCCGCAGCCAAUAGAGAGACCUGUCCCAGCUGGGAGUGGAGAUAUAUCGUCGAGUAACCCUCUGCAGUUCCUGCGAAACCAGCCCCAGUUCCAGCAGAUGCGACAGGUCAUCCAGCAGAACCCAGCCCUGCUGCCUGCAUUGCUGCAGCAGCUCGGCAGAGACAACCCCCAGCUCCUUCAGCAAAUCACGCAGCACCAGGAGAGGUUUGUGCAGAUGCUGAACGAGCCUUUCGGAGAGUCUGUCGGAGAAGGAGAGGGAGAGGAAGCGGAAGGUCAAGGGUCCUCACAGACAAACUACAUCCAGGUCACACCUCAAGAGAAGGAGGCAAUAGAAAGGUUAAAAGCCCUGGGGUUUCCAGAAGGACUUGUUAUUCAAGCUUAUUUUGCCUGCGAGAAGAAUGAAAACCUUGCAGCUAACUUCCUCCUGCAGCAGAAUUUUGAUGACGAGUGACCCGCGCCUCUCUCUCUCUCUCUCUCUCUCUCUCUCGCUCAUGUUUAUAAGUGUCGACUGGGAGGGGAGUGCAAGAAGGCCGUGGUGAGCUUUCUCUCUGGACAAAGCCAUGAUGUGAAAAAAAAAAACCUGAAGUGUUUAUUUUUGAAUAAAUCUGAACCAAUGCACACAACAACCAUCACCCACUUCCAUUGCUGGGGUCGCUGCCUAAUGUUUAGAUGGCAAUUAUUAUUAUUGUUAUUAUUUUUUUUUCCUUCUACUUCAUUAUCAAGUAUGAUGUUGCUAGUCCUUUUGCUGUACCCCUGAGAUGAAAGUUAUGAGCAAGGCAGCAUAUUUGGUCUUGUAUAAACAUGAAUUAUUCAGGAUCACUAAGUCUUAUAACACUUGCCAAGACCUCUAAACUAUACCAUUUGAAGAAAUAAGCUUAACAGAUCUAAACAUUUAUUGUAAGUCUAAAUGCUUGUACAAGGUUAUUUGUUUUAGUACUUUGUGUUAAACCUUACCUACAUUCUAAUUGUUUGUAGAAACCUCCUCGGUAGAGUAUCAGGUUUAAUGUUUAUGCUAAAAAGCUGCUUAAAACUGACUCUUGGGAAGACAAAAAAGUUUGCCAUAUUAGCGUUGCAAAUAUACGUUUUUGACUGCAAAAGAAAAACAACAAGGUGAAGGAUGUGAAAUAAUGGUACCAAGGUGAAUUUCUUUUUAGACCGGGUACAUGAUACUAAAGUCUUGAGUCUCCUUGCCCUGAAAUUGGAUCAUGUUGCUAACGGCAAAAAUGCAUGUGUCUGAUUUCUCGUUAUAGAAAAUAUAGUGAUUUAAAAUGUAAAGCACAUUUUUCCAAUAGGCAACACAGUUUUAACUGUAACACCAGGAGAUGCAUGGCACACAGUAAUGCAAUAGGGACUGGAAUAGAUGUAACAGUGGAGUGCUCUUCUACAACAUCCUUGUUGGUACUGGACUGUUGAAGCUUUAGUGCAAGUGUGUGUUACUCCCAAGUUAUCUGGCCCUUAAUUCAUUUUUAGAAACUUUAAAACAGUUUGUAUUAACUCUAUGGAGUUUGAGUAGUUACCCCACCAUAACUUUGAAAAAAAAAGCCUUUCUGCAUUAUAAAAUAGUGAAAUAAAGUACGCCCUGUUUAAAAAUCAUGAGGUAUACAACGAUACAGGUGCUUCAAUGUAUAGGUACGGUAUUUAUUUAUUUUGCACAAGCAUUCCUCAGCCUACUUUAACAUGUCAGUUCUUACGAUUUGUUAUCUGCAGUGCUGUCAGAAGCAUUAAUAUAAGGGAAAUCUCUGAAAGUUAUUAAAAGGACAAUCGCCCAACUGUAAGUGAUGCUAUUAUGAAACCCUGUUACUGGGCGUGUGCUCUGAUCAAACUGCAGAGGACGGUCGCAGGCGGGGUUUGUCAUGAUGAUUUAUUUAGGUCGUGCCAUUUGUUUUUAACAUAAAGAUGUGAAUCAACCUAUAUUUGGUACAAAAUGUCAUGAAUAUUCAGCGAAAAAGCUGUGGGCAAGAUGACAUCGUGUUAUAAUGUGCAGAGUGCACUUCUUGCGUAAUAGUUUAUUCUCAGAGUCCUGCCGCGCUGGUAUAUUCUGUUGUCUAAUGUGUAGAAUUGAUCCUUGCUGUUACAAUGUGACACUUUAAAAUUGAAAUAGAAACGCGAAUGCUGCCUUCAGACUUGGUAGAGUUGCACGUUUUAAGUUUUCAUGAGCUCAUGCGAAAUGUGGAAAUAAUGCAGAUCAUGCAAGCGUGUAUUUUUCAGCUGUCUGAUUUUACUGAUUUGAAUUUUAAAUUGUUGUUCUGAUGGCGCUUGCAUUUCUCAUGUUUCGUUUUAUUUUUCUGAUGAAGUUCUAGCCUUCACUGCAGAUCAUCUCGUGAAGGCUCAGUUUGUAAUUGCUAAAUUGUUUCUGGGUGGAUUUCAUUUCAGCAUUAUGUACAAUAAAUAGCUUUUAUGAAGCUUUAAAACAGCA